AUGUCCAACACCAUCAAGCAGGCGGCAGAAAAGGCCCGAACAAAGACCUCCGAGGUCAUGGGCGGGGCAAAGAAUGCACAGAGCGAGGGGGCCGCGGUGGCCAACGACUUCCUGCACACGCCGUACAUGAGGGCAGCACUGCCCUUCAUCAAUGGGGGUCUCAGCGGUAUGGUGGCUACCACAGUCAUCCAGCCCGUAGACAUGAUCAAGGUCCGCAUCCAGCUGGCAGGGGAAGGGAUUUCGACGGGGCCCAAGCCCACCCCCCUCUCGGUGACUCGUGAGAUCCUGGCUAAGGGCAAAGUCGGUGAUCUGUACACUGGUCUGUCAGCUGGCCUGCUCCGCCAGGCCGUGUACACGACUGCGCGCCUCGGGUUCUUCGACACAUUCAUGGGCAACCUAACGGCCAGGGCCAAGGCCAAGGGCCAGCAGAUCGGAUUCGCUGAGCGUGCGACAGCCGGUCUGACAGCGGGCGGCCUCGCAGCCAUGAUCGGAAACCCUGCCGACCUGGCCCUGAUCCGGAUGCAGAGUGAUGGCCUGAAGCCUGUCGACCAGAGGAAGAACUACAAGUCAGUUAUUGAUGCCCUCUCACGCAUCGCAAAGAGUGAGGGCAUCGGCGCGCUGUGGGCUGGGGCCACACCAACUGUGGUGCGCGCCAUGGCCCUCAACUUUGGCCAGCUUGCCUUUUUCAGCGAGGCCAAAGCACAGCUCAAGGCCAACACAGACUGGUCUACCCGAACACAGACACUCAGCGCCAGUGCCAUUGCUGGCUUCUUUGCAUCCUUCUUCUCGCUGCCCUUUGACUUUGUCAAGACCCGGCUGCAGAAGCAGACCAGGGGACCUGAUGGGAAGCUCCCAUACAAGAGCAUGGCAGACUGCUUCACUAAGGUGGCCCGACAGGAGGGCCUGAUGAGAUUCUACCGAGGCUUUGGAACAUACUAUGUGCGCAUCGCGCCACAUGCCAUGGUGACACUCAUCGUGGCAGAUUAUCUUGGUUGGAUUACCAGGUAA